AUGUCUCAUCGGAUAAUCCUCAGGACCCCGACCGGUACCGUCUACCGGCCCCAGCCGAUUCUGCAAAGCCAUCCCACGUCUUUCUCCGGCGUUGACGAUGGAAGCCAUAGAAGCAGUCCGACGAAGAGUGCGAACUUGGGGGAAUUUUGUGGGGGGACGACGGCCGAGUGCGUGGCUGUUUGCUGUUGUUGCCCUUGCGGGAUAGCAAACCUUCUGGUCCUAGUGAUUUAUAAAGUCCCGGCAGGGCUGUGCCGCCGUGCUUUCCGCCUGAAAAGGCGGCGGAAGAAAGGGCUGUUUCAAACGAGGAACGGCUGUAGAUGUGAAGAGGGCGAAUUGAGUGAUGGUUCCAUGAUUUGUGUUAAAGAUAUUUUAUUGGGUAUGAAGGUUUCGGAGGAAGACGAUGAAGCUUUGUUUAAGCUUGAAGAAGAGAUGUGGGAGAAGUUCCAUGGUACUGGGUUUUGGCGGAGUCCUUCUCAAAGAGAGAAAGACCCACACGCCAUUAAACAUACCGUAGAUUAG